AUGAGCGUUGACAGAGAUUCAAUCGAAUGGCUAGUGCAGACCAACCUACUUCAUUUCCAGAAAUGGAAGAACGUGGAAGUUCAGGACAGAAGUUUAUCGUGGAAAGAUAGGAAGAUCAAAUUAUUGAAAGGAAGUCCGCCCCAAUCUUCCAGCGAAGAUAACCUCGAUGAGAAUGGCACAAUUGAAGAAUAUAUCUUACCUGUAAGCUUAUCUCAAUAUAAUGAACAAUAUCUCACUUUGGAGUGUCUCGACGAAGUGUACAAGCAAUUAUGUGAUCCGUUUACUGAACGAUUACUUUUGGCAAUAGUCAACGAUGAUGGAACAAUUGUCUUCUAUUACAUAUACAAGGGUAUUCAUGGCCCCGGUAAAGUCUAA